CCCCCUUCUCCCAAGAAGAAAUCCGGCGGCAAUGCUUCUGGCCCACGACAGAUCCGCUUCGUCGCUACCGACGGCCAGCCGCAAACCAAACGCCGUCGAGUCAACGCCGCGUACGAUACAUGGAAGCGUAUCUACUACUCGCCCGUGGACCCCUUCGCUCACGAUCUUGCGACAGUCUGUAAGACUUGCUCGGAGUUCAAGCAUGUCUGCCUCGGCUACUCCGAUUCCACUGCCCACUUGCGAUCGCAAUCCGAUUCCGCAUCCCGCACACAGGCCCCUCCUCUGGCUGGUUCUAAAGAAGCCAGCCAACGUAUCGCACAGGCGGUGGAGAGCUGUUCCCCAGAGCCCCCACCGACACCCGUACCCCGGGUCAAAACCGAUAAGUCCCCGCAAGCGCCGAAACAAUUGGAAAAGGUCAUAUCUGCCAGGGAAACUUCGUCGCGUAUCAAUAAGGAAGCGGAUUUCCUUGCGACUGGGGAUAGCCCAGAGAGUGGUCGUACCUCCAUAAGCUCCAGCAAUCGCACUCAUGUCCCAUACUUUCGAUAUUUCGGGCCGACUGCCAUUGUGCCGGGCUUCAAGCAAAUGGUCGUCCAAGUUCGAGGUUCACGGAAAAGCAAUCCCUCGAUGUCGUCAGAUUCAUUGUCUCCGCUGAGAAGUCCUAAGCAAUCCGAUGCUCCAAUCAAUCUGGAGGCUACUUUAUUGGUUCCCCGCGAAGAUCGCGAUGCCAAUACGAUCCCAUUUUACGACCGCGAUGAUGCUCUACCUGUUUCGAACCUUGUUGCUCAUCUAUGCGAUCUGUUUUUUCUUUCCGUUUUUGCAACGAGAUCGCUUUUUGCAGGAUCUCAAGGAGAAGAAGAUCGAUACAAUGUUGGUGGAUGCGGUCUGUUCUUUGGCAGCCAGAUUCUCCCCUCACCCACUUCUCGGUCCCCCCAAGCGCCCCCGAUUGAUCGCUCACAACCGCCAGCCGAUGUCAAUCUUUGUGAUCGUGGACUACCCUUUGCUCACCGGGCGAUGAAUGCCCUUGUCGAUGCACUCGCCUGUCCGACUUUGUCUGCCGUCCAAGCUUGUCUUCUGCUGGCGUAUGAGCAGUUUGGAUCUAAUCAUGAUAGCGGUCUCUGGAUGUAUCUUGGUAUAUCGAUCCGCAUGGCACAGGACCUUGGCUUGCAAAAGCUUCAAGGGCUUAAGUAUAAUUAUGGCCAAAAGGGUGUUACUCCCAGCGCAGUUGUGACCGGACAAGCUGGAAAGCUUCGGGAGGAUCAGUACGACGAUUUGGACGUCUACCAGAGCCCCAAGACUAUUCCGCCGGUGAUUGGUGCCGAACGUGCCCGAGAACGUGAGAGAGUGGACUCCUUUUGGAGCAUUUUCUUCCUUGACCGCGUCAUCUCGUCUGGGACGGGCCGACCCGUGACUUUACGCGACGAGGAUAUCGAGUUGUGCUUCCCACUUCAAUCCGAGUCUCAGCUACCCAAUGGUUGGCCUGCGCCAUUUCCACCUCUGAUUCGGAUUAUCCACUUGUAUGGAAGAGUUACCGACUUGAUCAACGGGAUCCAGGACGCCAAUCACGUCACCUCGGAUACGCUUAAGAGACUGGCUGGCAUGGAGAGCGAUUUGACAGGCAUAUACCAGCGGUUGUCACCGAGGUUGCACUUCAAUGCGGCUAAUUUCCAGGCGUACGUGAAGGCCAAGGAAGGAACCAACUUCAUCCUUCUGCAUUUCUGGUUCCAUACUCUCAUCGUUCUCCUCCACCAGCCAACACUCCUCAAUUCUUUUGGCGGCACAAUCCAGCAUCUCUAUCCCAACAGUCGUGAACUUUCAAUGUCCUCCGCCAAGACGAUCGCCGAUAUCCUCUCUUUCUCGGAACUGGUAGACGGAAAGAGCUUUAUCGGCAACCCGUUCACCAGCCAGCCAAUGUACAUCGCAGCUUGUGCGUUUUUGAUGGAGAGCUCAUAUUACUCGUCACCUUCGUCAAGAUCUACCUCGCCCCCGCCACAACCACUACUAGCCAGCCAAGGGAGCGGGUUCGUGAUGCCUUCGAUGGACUCGUCAAAUGGUUCCGAGCGCAAUUCCACCGCCAAGCACAUUCUUCUUGCCUCGGCUGCCAAAGAGAACUAUCAACGCUGCUACAAAGCCCUCAAGGCACUGGACGCGUAUUGGGAGGGCGCGAGGUAUAUUUUAACAGUCCUGGACCAGAAGGCCAAAGGCAUCGUCGAUCCGCUUCUUUAUACUGCCGAGGACAUGGAAAAUACUGCCGAAUUCCCAUCGGUGCAGACACUCGGGGCUGCUGGUUGGCCUGGAAGCAAAGCCGCAGGUUCAGCUCAGGGCGCCGAAAGACUUUCCGGGGUGGCUAACACCGUACCUGAUCGAACAUCUUCACCCAAGAUCGAUCCCAGUCAAGCCAUUGGGUGGGCCCUCACUGGAGCCACCAAUUCUUCGCAACCAAACCUGAGCUUGCUCUACCAGAUGCCUUCUUUGCAGAACGGGCCCAACCCCGGCAAGCCGUCUCACCCGUCACAAUAUAAUCAAGCCUAUCCAGCCAUGUCAGCUCCCGCAAAUGCAGCGCCAAGCACAAGCUCCCCCUUCUCACGUCCCCUUCCACCAACCCAGACCCAGGAUGAAAGCAAAUCAUCUUCUCUCACCCCAGUCGAAUCUAAAUUCUCUCAAGUCCAAUCUCACUCAAUUGGCAGUGAACCUCCUUACUUCCUGGGUAUGAGCUCUGCGUACUCCGAGUCCAACGCUCGAGCAUCCGCAGCACCCCACUCGAGCUAUAAUCUUGGAAUCGCGUCUACUCAGACUCCACAAUACACUUACUCCAUGGCUUCUGCAGCAGAUCAGCAUGCAAGCAGCGCGCACUUGGGAUCCAGGCCCGGUGAUAUGCAUUCCAGCAUGAAUGUUCAAACCGGCGGUAUGAUGAUUGAGAGUCACGACGUCGACAUGAACACUCUGCAACAGCAGGAAUCAUUCCCUUUCUUCAAUGGCGAGAUCCUCCCGUGGCUGGAAUACCUGCCUCCGGAUGUUCUCAGCUUCUUUGGAGAAACUCAAAAUUUCCCCAUGAUGAGUCCCGACGAUACUACGCCUCGGCCUCCUCAGUGA